AUGUAUACUGGAUCGUCAUUAGUCGUUCCGAUUGGUGCGAUGACUUCCAGCACUACCAGUGUACCGUCCCGUGCGGUCAGUGAGUCUCGUUUCUCCUGCCCACCGCAGUCAGUGACACCAGUUGGCAAUCCAUUGAACUAUUCUGCAAGUAAUACAGGGACCAACCAAAGCUCUGGACUUUGUGUGGAUGCGACCAACAUGGACAAUACAAUGUGGACAAGCAGUUAUCUUCCAACUGCCGCCGCAGUUGCGGCAGCAGCUGCAGCAGCCACUGGUAGUGGUACGGGAAAUCUGUGGAUUCCACCCGCAGCUGCCUAUCCAAAUUAUGCGCAUCAUUAUUACCCAGCACUUUCAGUUCCUGUAGCAUCUAUUUCUUCACCCGGAUUAGUGAACUAUGAAGAUCCGACCGCGCUGCAGCAAAACACGGUGGUUGAUCGUUGCUAUAGUAACCCAGCCAUUUCAAUCGGUGAUAAAUAUCCAUCUCAAACGCAAGACUACUAUUAUUCACCGGGGGCCAACAUAUCUCCUGGAUCGGUUUGGACCGGACCAUCCAAGAUUUCCGGCCCCCAAACCUACACACCACUUCCGAUGCUGGGUCCGUCAACUUCAUCGUCAAUUUUCUCAUCAGUGAACACCACACAACCACAAGUUGGAACGACCACGAACGCGAACAGCUGGCAAAUGCUUUUGAACGCUCUGACUGCCCAAAAAAAUAAUCAAAGUCUGAACUCCACCUUGAUUCGACCACCGUUCAGUUCUUACACUCUCAGUUUGGAUCGGGCACGUUUGUCUGGUGGUCGAAGGCGAAUGCCCAUCAAUUACGCGGCUCGGCCGAUCACAUGCAAAGAAUUCAAUCCAGCCGAGUUACAGUCACUUGGCUUGGGGUGA